ACACAUUUCAAGGACCCGGGAACAUUAAGUUUGGAAGAUCUAACGGCACUGGCGGCUAGAAAUACUCUAGCCGAACUAGGUAUUAAGGAGUACAUGCCAGGACACAAUAGCCAUUUAAAUAUUGUAAAGCCUGUUCCAGAAUCUGGACUAUCAGCCAUGGCAAUAGAGUCUUUGUUACAGAACUCAUUUCGCUCGAACAAUAUAAAAAAGGACGUAUUUGGUGGAAUUUAUGGUGAUCAAACCUUAGACAAUUUGUACAGUUCUUAUUUGGGUGCAAUGAAAUCGGCCGAAUUAGAAUGUGCUGUUCCACCAAUAUCGUGCUUUAAUGACACAAGCAAUUACUACUUUCGUACGUAUGAUGGCUCCUGUAACAAUUUCCAGUACCCCGGCUAUGGUAUUGCUAAGUCACGGUAUUCACGGAUUUUAAGACCGAAAUACGGCGAUGGCCAAUAUGCUCCCAGCAAAUCAUCAGCAGGAAAUGCUUUGCCCAAUCCUCGCGUUUUAUCCUUAUCACUCUAUGGAGAGGAUACGUUAUCGGAUAGUUUUCGUACAUUAAUGACAAUGCAAUUUGGUCAAUUCGUAGCCCACGAUAUCAGUCAGUUAUAUCGAGAAGGAUUGCCGGAUGAUUGUUGUGCAAAUCCGAAGCAUAAAAUGUGUUAUUCCAUCGCAUUACAUCCCUUCGGGCCGAUCGCAAUGACGUCGGGUAAAACGUGUCUAAGCUUUGCUCGCAGUUUAUCCGAUAAGGAUAUAGCAUGCCCACCCAGUGGUUUACCUUACGCGGAGAAGAUUACAACAACUACCGCCUUUUUGGAUCUAUCGUCAAUUUAUGGCAAUUCACUGGAACAAAACAUAAAAAUGCGGCAAUACAAGGGUGGUUUGCUGAAAACCAGUUGGUACAAUAGUAAACAAUUUUUACCAGUCAAAUCCAGCUUAAACGGCGAAUGUCCCGCAAAUAACGAACAAUGCUACAGCAUACCCGAUGACAGGAAUCAAUUUACACCAACAAUUGCUGUUCUGCAAACGAUAUUCGUCAGAGAACACAAUCGUUUGGCGAAUAUUUUGUCCAGAAUAAAUCCCCAAUAUUCGGAUGAAAGAGUUUUCCAAAUAGCACGAAAAAUCAAUAUAGCUCAAUAUCAAAAGAUUACUUACUACGAUUGGCUACCGCUCAUUUUAGGAUCCAUGUAUAGUAUUGCCAAUCGUUUGAUACAUUCCGUUUCGCCUUACGAUUAUGUAAACGAUUAUGAUGGAAAUUUGGAUCCUGCACCAUUUGCCGAAUAUGCUGCUGCUGCGUUCCGUUAUGUACAUCAAUCAAUUCCAGGAUGGUUUUCAAUGGUCUCUUCCGGACGUAAUAGCAAUCAAACUAUGCGCUUGAGUGACUAUUUCGACCGUCAAGAUUCCAUGAAGCUUCUGAUGGAUGGAAACAACUUUGAUUCACUAAUACGCGGCUUAGCUACCCAACUAGAGAAGCGUGCGGACAGUAAUGUGGAUCGGGAGCUCAAACAUCAUUUCGAUCGUAAGACUUUUGAUGAAUUUGGUACUGACUUAAAGGCCAUAGAUAUUCAACGAGGGCGAGAUUACGGUUUACCCAGUUAUAAUGAUUAUAGAGAACAUUGUGGCCUAGCAAGAGCAUAUCACUGGUCGGAUUUGUUAAAUGAAAUUCCAGAUGAGAAAAUUGAAUUACUGAAAAAGUUUUAUGCAUCUCCAAAUGAUAUUGAUUUGACUAUUGGCGGUUCAUAUGAAAGACACUCUAGUGAAUCCAUGUUAGGUCCAACAUUCCAAUGUAUUAUUGGAAAACAAUUUUUUAAAACACGCGUAGCGGAUCGUUUCUUCUAUGAACACGAGGACAGAAAUUCCGGUUUUACAAGAGAGCAAUUGGCUGAAAUACGAAAAAUUAGUUUCGCAAGUAUUUUGUGCGCUAAUGGAAACAGUUUACAAUGCAUCCAAUCAAAUGUAUUUGUCUUUCCUAAUUACCAAAAUAAUUUAAUAAAUUGCAAGGCUUUUCCCCAACUGGAUCUUAGAUUAUGGAAGGACAAUGUACACUAUUAAAAAUGGUCGAGUAAAAAAAA